GCUAUAAUGGCACAUACACAAAAAUGAGUCCUCUAUCUAUCUCUAUGGUUCCAGCCAUUACCUCAGUGGGUGCAUCCAUCGAGUUAGAUUGGAUAUAGCUAGCUUAACGGUAGUAAAUGGAUUCAUCUACGUUUAGGUAAUACGUGACUGUAUACGCAAGAGUAUUGGUGCGUGUAACAUUACCUAUCCGUUAACUUCGGAAAGAAGCAGAUUCCCUCAUUCCAGCUAGCUAGCCAGCCAGAAAAGCUAACGUAACGUUUAUUUUCUAAGCCGAUAAACUAAUGACCUUUUGACAUCUAGCAAAAUUGAAUAUUCUGAUAGUUCUAAGUAGCGUUCUAUUGUUUUGUAGAACGCAAAGAAUAACAGGUUUUCCCGUCCGCCUUGGCUAGCUAGCUAGCACAAUACCUCCCACAGAUACGGGUUCUACGGGAAAUGGUCGACGUUCUCAUGUGUCCAUGGAGAAGGCGGCCUUUGAGGGGUGGCUGGAGUCGGUCUCCGCCUCUUUCCUUACACUGAGCGACCAGCAGCGCAACCAGUCCCUGGACCAACUCAUCUCGCUGAGCGGUGCAGUCCAGCUGCGGCACCUGUCCAACGGACUGGAGGCGCUGCUCAAGCGGGACUUCCUGCGACUGCUGCCCCUGGAGCUCACCUUCUACUUGCUGCACUGGCUCGACCCGCAGACCCUGCUCACCUGCUGCCUGGUGUGCAAGCAGUGGAAUAAGGUGAUCAGUGCGUGCACGGAGGUGUGGCAGGGUGUGUGCCGGGACCUGGGCUGGCGCAUCGAUGACUCCAUCCAGGACGCGUCCCACUGGAAGGGUAUCUACCUCAAGGCCAAGCUGCGCAUGAUGCAGUUGAAGGACCAGGAGGCCUUUGAGACCUCGUCGCUCAUCGGGCACAGUGCGCGCGUCUACGCCCUCUACUACAAGGACGGCCUUCUCUGCACAGGCUCUGAUGACCUUUCUGCCAAACUGUGGGACGUCCGCACAGGGCAGUGCAUCUACGGCAUUCAGACGCACACCUGCGCCACAGUGAAGUUUGACGAGCAGAAGCUGGUGACUGGGUCCUUUGACAACACUAUCGCCUGCUGGGAGUGGAGCACAGGUGCCAAGAUCCAGCAGUUCCGUGGGCACACGGGUGCAGUGUUCAGCGUGGACUACAAGGAUGACCUGGACACGCUGGUGAGCGGCUCGGCCGACUUCUCUGUGAAGGUGUGGUCCCUGUCGGCAGGCGCCUGCCUCAACACCCUCACGGGACAUACUGAGUGGGUCACCAAGGUGAUUCUUCAGAAGAGUGAAGUAGAAUCCAUGGUACACUGUCCUGGCGACUACAUUCUGUUGAGUGCUGACAAAUAUGAAAUAAAGAUUUGGCCUAUAGGCAGGGAAAUCAACUGCAAGUGCUUGAAGACCUUGUCUGUGUCAGAGGACCGUAGUGUGUGUCUGCAGCCUCGCCUGCAGUUUGACGGCCGCUAUGUCGUUUGUAGCUCGGACCUGGGGGUCUACCAGUGGGACUUUGCCAGCUUCGAUAUCCUCAGGGUCAUCAAAACGCAGGACCCCGCCAACCUUUCCCUGCUCAGCUUCGGCGAYGUGUUCUCGCUCCUCUUCGACACCGACUUCCUGUAUGUCAUGGACCUGAGGACAGAAAAGAUAUCGGGUCGUUGGCCUCUGCCUGCCUACAGGAAGUCCAAACGAGGUUCCAGCUUCCUGCCGGGAGUCACCUCCUGGCUCAAUGGGCUGGAUGGGCGAAAUGACUCUGGCCUCGUGUUCGCCACGAGCAUGCCUGACCAUAGCAUUCACUUGGUUCUGUGGAAAGAAAACCGAUAAAGAAAGCUAUCGGCGAAACCUACGAGGGCCAGGUUGUCAAUUGCCAUGUAAACAGGUGCUCUGACUUUCUAAACCCAACAUCAAGUUAGAUAAUGCAUGGGCCAAAGUUGUUUUCCCUUUUUUUGUUUUGACACGUGCUCUCAUACAUACAUGCAUCAUGUGACAUGCUGUCAGAUAGAGUAUUGGAGAUGGCUUCGCCAACCAUAAGACGCACCGAAACGCUGCUAUGAAUACAAGGGGAAGAAAGGCCCAGUUCAGAGGGCCAAGGCAGCAGUUGAUUUUAGUUCCAACCCUGCCAUGGGUCUUCUCACUUUGAAGGAAAUACAAGGACCGGAACGGUGGCUUAAUGAAGACCGAACUCUCGAAAAACUGCAUGGUCUACAACCAUUAGACUGUGACAACUUUACAAAAACAUUGCAAAACAAGUCAGGCUCUACAGCAGUAGACAUUUCCCUUGUAUUACCAUGUAUCAGAACUUUUAAACUUCGGACAAGGUUCUUCAAGCAGUUACGAGGCGGGAAGUUGCCUUAACACAAUACUUCGUUACAAGAAAGUACAUCUAUGACUUUGGCACAGUGUGUCCUACGUUUUCCCUAGACUGUCACCAACCAUCCCCAUGAGAGUUUUAUGUUGAAAUGUUCAAAGUGGUUUGGUGCAUCGGAUUUGUCCCAUGUGAAGCGUUGUUGGAUAUUCAAUGUAAAUCCAUUGUUUGAUAAUGCUUUUCUGAGGGGUGCUUGUUUUAAAAGUCAACUUGACAUUAAGUUGUGCCUUUUGAUUUGAAUAUUCACCUAGGUGUGACAAAUCAAACUAGAAUUUCAUUAUUACCAGGCACAUUGCAAUGAGAUAAUGAAUGUUGUAAUUGUAUAUAUAUUUUUUAUUAUCUUUCGUACUCUCCAUACUAUAACCAACCGCAUACAAUGUCUUUCUAAACUUACUAGGCUUGUCACGAUACCAACAUUUUACAUCAGGCCAAGUAUCAUGAUGCCACGUUGGAAAAACAAGUGUCCGACCAUCCUGUUCGCCCUGUCUGUCCCUCGGAAGCUUGUUACCUAAACGUUCUCCAAAAACCUGUCACUGAAAUUCACACUGCUACUCAAUACAACACAUUGAAUUUAACUUCA